AUAAUCUGUUGGCUCAGAUCUGUUGCUGCCACACCCUGUGCCUCUCAGGGUCCCUGGGUCCUACUGCAAUUAGCAUGUGCCUUGCCUCUCACCUACAUGACCCCGGAAAGUGGCUGCUGGGGAAGGCUACUGCAUGCAAAAUGGAUUCUCUUCCCUGCUCUUUGGGGGUAAAGCUGGCUCAGGGAUCCUUAGCUGCAGGAGGAGGGGCUGGCAGGCCUGAACUGCAGUUGGACUUCGUAGCCAAGAGUUUUCUGGUUUUCAUUAAAAUUCUCUGGCUGUCUUUCGGGAUUGCUCCAUUGACUGUGAUUCAGUGCUGGAGCUGGUUGUGCUGUUCUCUCAGCUACACACACCCAUCGAAACCACAGUGAUCCUGAGGACGAGAGAAAAGUGAAGCUGUGUAAAUGAGUAUGGAAGAUUAUGAUUUCCUGUUUAAAAUUGUUUUAAUUGGCAAUGCUGGUGUGGGGAAGACGUGCCUAGUCCGACGAUUCACUCAGGGUCUUUUCCCCCCAGGUCAAGGAGCCACAAUUGGAGUUGAUUUUAUGAUUAAGACAGUGGAGAUUAAUGGGGAAAAAGUAAAGCUUCAGAUCUGGGACACAGCAGGUCAAGAGAGAUUUCGGUCCAUUACCCAGAGUUAUUACCGGAGCGCCAAUGCCUUGAUCCUCACCUAUGACAUCACCUGCGAGGAAUCCUUCCGCUGCCUUCCUGAGUGGCUGCGGGAAAUAGAACAAUAUGCCAGCAACAAGGUCAUCACUGUGCUAGUCGGCAACAAGAUUGAUCUGGCUGAAAGGAGAGAGGUCUCCCAGCAGAGAGCUGAAGAAUUCUCCGAGGCUCAGGACAUGUAUUAUCUGGAGACCUCAGCCAAGGAAUCUGAUAACGUGGAGAAACUCUUCCUUGACUUAGCUUGCCGCCUCAUCAGUGAAGCCAGGCAGAACACACUUGUGAACAAUGUAUCGUCACCCUUACCUGGAGAAGGGAAAAGCAUCAGCUAUUUGACUUGUUGUAAUUUCAACUAAAGGCUGAGGCAAGCAGAAACAAAAGAAAUCAGCAGCUGCCCCGCUGGGCCCUGAGUUGCUGGGGAGAUCUGGCCAUGAUGGUGGCUCCUGCUCGCAGACCUUCUGACUCCUGUGGCUCCUGAGUUUACAAAGCGUGGCAGGCCAUGGGCCUCGCCCACAGGCCGGCAUUAGCAAAAUAUAAUAACGGUUUGACCCUUUUGCAGUCUGGAGUCAGAGCAAGGAGAAAAUUGCACUACGCGCUCCAUGACCUGCAGAGCAUGUUGCUUUUGUUUUUUUUUAAAAAAAGCAAGUAAAAGCGCAUUUCUGAACUCAGUCCAGGGGAAUCCCUCCUGCACAUCAGUGGGUGCAUGUGGAGGGCUGUUCUUUAGGGCUUCGGGGGGCCCUGAUUUUCUUGUCCACCUGAUAAACCCAAACUACGGAGGCCAAGAACUGUCUCUGCGGUACGUGCUGACGACCCCGUGGAGAUUUUGAAAAGUGUUAUUUCUCUCGUCCACAGGCACUUUCAAGGACUUUGGGAUGUACAAAUGAAAUGAAACCCUUACCUGACCAACAGUUAACAAUUAUUGUUUUAAUAAUAUAUACAAGCUCCAUGACUCCUUUUGGUGCUAAUGAUUCCACUGUUUCACAGACCAAACCUUUUAGUAAUUGAUGUCCUUACAUGUAUUUCAUAGAAAUAAAAAAAAAUAAGGGAAGCCCAUGAAUCAGCACUCUUUUCUCAAAGUCUCAUUGCUACCUUUUCUAGGGUGGAUUGGUUGGAAAAGAGAAUGCUUUCCUUUCUUGUUUCCCUCUAAAUCUUACCAUUUUCUUCUAAUUCUCCCAUCUUUUCUGCCCUUUAAGCAAAUGAAAAAAUUUGAAAAAAAAAUUGUUGAUAAUAUUUUAAUAUAAAAGAUUAGGUCUAAGACAUUAUGAGUAGUAGGAGAAAACAGACCAGAUCUGACCAAAAUACUGUGGAUUCAUGGACUGCGAGUUCCAAGCAGAGCACAGUCCUUCAUAGCAGGUCACAUCUUUUACUUUCUGGUUCUAUCCAUCUUGGACAGACCAAGGCUUAGGAUUUUGUAGACAUUUUUAGUAUGAUAGGUGAGAAUAACAAUACAUGAAAACUCUCAUGAGCCGUUUUUGUAUCUUCAAUGAUAACCUUAGAAAAUUUCUGCUUGUGGAAGCAGGUGGAAUUGUCAUUUGUCACCUCCUUCUUGUAGGAAUGUUCCUCUCAGACCAUAUAUUCUUGCCUGGUUUUUUUUUUCUCCUCUCUUUCUGUCCUGGUCUCCCCCUUCUUUUCUUCUUCCCUCCCUCCCCUCUCCUUCCUUCACUCUUCCCCAUCUCCUCCUUUCCUGAUAUGCAUGUGUUACUGCAAAUCUCCAAUUCAAAUGGAGGUGUAUAUGCCUUUACUUAGCCAAUUUAAAACCAGGACUCAAAAUGGAAGAUGUGCUACUGAAUACGUUACUAUUUCUUCAGUGCCAUACUUUGAUACCUUCCAAUUUGUUCACUGAUAUAAAUGCAAAUUGGGGAAAAUAAUUAAACAUGUAUGCUGUUGAUGCUGUCAGAUGUUUAUAUAGCUUGCUGCUUAGCAUAACUGAGGGAUGAGUAAUGGAAUAAGGAUAGGAUGUGUAAUUCCACUGUUUUUGUAGAUGGUGGCAAUCUCGGUCCUGAUACUUUGAUGUUUGAAAGCUAUUUAAUUUUAAAGAAAUGAGUCAUGUAGAGACACGAUACUGAUAAAGAAUUUCUAGCAUUUCUCUAGCAGGUUUCUGUGACCCACCCAUCUCUUGCCCACGGGGACGAUACAUAUUGUUUAAGGGACUGAUACUUUUGGUUGGCCUCACUGUGUUUGUCGUGAUCCUGUGGUAAGAGGAUUCCAGAAGUUCAAAUUGCUUUUACCUUACAAUCUACAGGAAAGAAAACUCAUUUUAAUAAACACCAACCACAGUAAUUUAUAUCUGCUGCCUUUCUCUCCCCAUCUUCCCCACUAAGGCAGCAAGUAUUCAGAAAACAAGUUGAUCAAGGUGGGCAGAACUUCUCUUUUUUAAAUUGUGAGGCAAUGUCCCUAAAUUCAGGUGUAUUAUUUUUCAGUUAGGGCAAAAAUCCAGUUACCCCAAUACAUCAAGACCCAGCUUUAUCUCCCAGCAGCAAGUGUGUUGAAAAUGAAUUUGCUUUGUUAACUUAGAGGAUAGGAAUUUGUUAGAUGGGACACAUUUAGUUGUAAAAUAAAAGCUUCUAGAGCCACUCUUGCAUUCUGAAAUUCUUAUUCCUUCGGGCUCAGCCUCCUCUAUGGACCCUUGGCUGUACUCAGAAGGGGAUCAGAAAGCUCCCCUCUUGGUUCCUUUCUAGCUUGUAACCCCUCCCAGCCUCUCUGUGAUUUACAGUCACCCAUCCAUGGCCCAUCAGCAGGGACACAUGAGAAUGUAGGGCUUUGUUUCUUUCUUUCUUUUCCCCUUGGUUGUCAGAUUCCCCUUGAAUGCCAGAUUAGGCCUUAUGAACACUUGUUCCUUGAUGUAUCUCAAGUUUGAGAAUAAUCCCUGGCAAUAUUGUAGGUUCUCAAUUAUUAGUUGAAUAAAUGACUCGGUGCCAAGAGGAACCUUUUUUGGUUAAAUAGACAUUUUUCAAAUAGAACUCGGGAAAGGACACUAAUUAAACAUGCUCUUUUUAACCCAGGCCAGGACCUAAACUUAUUGGUUUGCCUAGUAGUUCUUACUGUCACGGCAUUAUUUGCUGAGACUUCUUCAAUAAAAGUGAAUUCUCAUUUAAUGGUGGAUGAAAAAGAGAGUUGCUUUCUCAAUUCAUUUUGGUUUCAUCUGACUCAUAAGACUACCAUGCUUCCAUUUUUGGUGUGAUCUUUUUCUUUUUUUAAUAAAGUUACUAAAUAUAUGGCAAUUUUUUUUUCUUUCCAGUGAAACUGUAUCAUAGUCAUGUCAUGGAGUCAGGCCUGGGAGAAUGUGUGAAAUCAUAUAGCUUGCUGAUAUUAAUGAUGUUUUAUUGUGGCUUUGUGUAUACUGUAUCCUCAAGGGAUGUUGUGCUUUCUCCUAUACCUAUGCAAGGCUUUUUAUUUUUUUAUAUGCUUUUAUUAGGUCUGUUAAAUUAUGUUAACAUUUAAUUUUGAUUGUACGGGACCAAUUAUCCUUUCUGUGGAUCACUUAGAUUAGGCUAUUAGCUUUUCCUGGCCUUUAUUUUUCCCUUUUAGUCAUUUCAUGUUCACAUCUCUUCGUGAGUAAAGUGGCGAGAAAAUAACUAAAAAUGAAAGUCAAAUGGAUUGAUUUGACAAUGUGUCAAUUUCUGAUUUAGAGUUUGGUGAGAAAGGUAAAAAUCACAGGCCAAAAUAAGAUAUUUGGAUUAGGAUUAUUGAAGCAAUUUGGACUUGUUGGAAGGAGGAGACAGAAUUUAACAGAAGACUGGAUUCUUUUUCUUUCUUCUGUUCUUUUUUCUAUUAUAUAUGCCUUUGGAGGACCCUGUUGAGUUCCACUGUUAGAUCAGUGAUUUGCCUCAUUUACCCUUUUAGCUAUACCAUAAUUCUUCCAGAUUCAACAUCAAGUUUUAGUUAAUGAGUCAUUCUGAAUAAAUACAAGUUGUAAGUGAUUUUGAAUUGGCCUUUUGACUAAAAUGAAAACAUCUUUUUUUUAAUAAACGAAGCCACAGAAUAAGAUAUCAUCUUAUAUUCAGAACAAAGACUUUUUCAUUUCUCCCCUCCCCCUACCCCCACUGUAUAUCAAACCAAUGGCUUUAAAGAUAAGACAUUUUCUAUUUCCUAAUCCUGCAGAACUCUUGUGUAUUUCAUGUUCAUUAGUACUUUAGGGACCCAUGCCCUGUUAGUCUCUGGAAGAGCUCCUCCAGGGUUUGCCCUUUGUUUUUUCUAGAAUUUUUUUAACUGCAACUGGUUACUUACUUUCCUCAUCCACAGCCCUGACAGAUGUGUUUCAAUGAAACUAUAAUAAUACUUUUAAGACUUAACUAGAAAAUCAAAAGCAGUGAAAAACCUUCCUUCAUAAGCAGUAUAGUUGAACACUAAUUCUGGGAUAAGAGAGGGUGUGUUUUCUUUCUUCUUUUUGGAUUUCAUUUCUGUCACAUGAGCCUAUUACGUUUGGCAGGAAAACUGCCUUCUCUUACAUUCUUCACACUGGGUAGAAAGCAUACUGAAUUAAGAACUUACUAUUUCUUCAAACAACUAAUUAAUAUAGUAAUUAAUAUAGUUAGACCAAGGGAGAUGACACUUUAUCUUUCCUAAGUCCAUGAUGUUGGAAUGUUGUAAUCAUUCUUGGAAGCCAUACUUUGGAAUUAAAAACAAAAUGGAGGCAUAACAAAGAUGGUGAAGGAAUUUAGAAUUUAAGACAUUUGAAGACUAUGUGAAGAAUUUGGGGCGACUGAGCCGGGAAAGAGAGAGAACUACAAUUAGUACAUUAGAGCAAGUCUCUGAAAUUCAAAGGGGUUGAAAUGAGGUUCACUCAAUAGAGGCCACUGAACCACAGAUUUGUUAGGGAGAACAUGCUCAAAAAGAUGGUUCCCCAUGAAAGGGGCUGCUUCGAGUAAUAGUUUCUAUCACGUAGAGGCUAGAAAGAACUCAGCAAAGAUGAUGUGGAAAGGAUCCCAGCAUUGGCUGGGGGUUGGACCAGAUGACCUAUUAACAUUCUAUUUGCAGUACUUUGCCCCUCAUAACAUGUUUAAAUAUUUGUUGACCCAGAGCUAAUGAUUUUUUUUG